AUUUGCCAUUCUGUCGUUGCGAUGGGAGAAGAAGGGUUUAGGGCUUUGAAAGCUGAAGCAACAAACAAACUUUCACAAAACUCCAUUGGUCAUUGAGGAAAUCCAUAUUUCGUCGGAAAAGAAAAUGCUACCUCGAUGGAACAGAGCUUUGGCGCAUCUCUCAAAGCUGCGCUCAUUCAACUCCAUUGAAUUGGGGAAAGAUUUUAGUAUGAUUCAUCGCCAGAGCUAUGCAGCUGUAGCGCCUGCUGCCCCUGAUUCCCCCGACAAAUCGUUCCCUGCUAGAUCAACGGUAAAUUUGGAUAAAAUGUUUUGGUCUAAGCCUUGUUCAUUGGCUUUGGCCCCAGACUCUCCCCUCAGAGUGGAAGACCCAAAGUAUGAUGGCAUCAAGCGUAUUAUUCUCAAGAUGAUGCUCUUCUAUAGUAAACAAAGCAAGUCUAUUCGAGGGGCAAAUGUGAUAUACCGGCGCGUCCUUUCACAAGUUGAUAAACCUGCUAUAUAUGAAGUAUUUAACUUGGAGAAGACCUUCAAAAUGACAUUUUCUCUGCUUGUGCUUCAUAUGUGGCUCUGCUUACGCCGCUUAAAAGCUGAAGGAAAAGACGGUGUUGAAUUAGGACAAUACCUUUAUGAGAUCUACAAUCAUGAUGUUGAGCUCAGAGUAUCUAAAGCUGGGGUUAACUUACUUUUGACGAAAUGGAUGAAAGAAUUGGAGAAGAUAUUCUAUGGAAACAUUGUUGCUUAUAAUGCUGCAUUGCUUCCAGAGGCUAAACAGGAGGAGCUAACAGACAUCAUAUGGCGGAAUGUCUUUUCUGAUGAUGGUACAUCCAAACCAGAUGCUGCUGCAUUACGUACAGUCCAGGCAAUGGCAAGGUAUGUUCGUCGUGAAGUCACUUGCCUCUCUUUAACUGAUAAGGAAGCCAUGUUUUCUGGGAACUUCAUGUUCACCUCAUUGGAAAACAGCUCACCUGAUCCUAUGAGAAGGUAGAAAGUGGGAAGAAACUGAUGUGAGGAUUCACGUUUCCAAGAAUUGCUUCUAUCUUAGGCAAAAGUGGGGGAAAAGAGAGGGAAACAAAAUUAAAAGAAAGAAAUAAUGGUCGCUCAUGCUAAUCUAUGCUGGUAAGGUCUUCAUAUCACAGUUAAACUAUUUUGCCAGCGUUUAAUUAUUUCAUUACAGCAAGAGGGUGAUUGAGCAAGAAAUUGAUGUAUUCAUUUGUGGCAUUAAUCGCAGAUUAUGCAAGAAAAUGUGAUUGUAAUACAGUUAAUAUUUAAUAGUAAUUAUUUUUUCUAUUCCAAA